CGCCGUCGGGUCGGAGGUGACGCUGCGCGGGCCUGUUCCGGAAGGCCGCGGAACAGUUGGAUUUAUGCACUUACUUUUGUUCUUGGAGAGGUGUCGUUAGUUUAAAGCGAACAACGGAGUGGGGGAAAAAAUCACAGUCAGAAAUGGCGUCGACGGCGGCCGGGAAGCAGCGGAUCCCUAAAGUGGCGAAGGUGAAAAAUAAGGCACCUGCUGAGUUGCAAAUUACAGCUGAACAACUUUUGAGAGAAGCAAAAGAGAGGGAACUUGAACUUCUGCCACCACCGCCGACUCAAAAGAUCACCGAUGAGGAGGAAUUGAAUGACUACAAGCUAAGAAAAAGAAAAACCUUUGAAGACAAUAUACGGAAAAAUCGAACUGUUAUUAGCAACUGGAUCAAAUACGCACAAUGGGAGGAGAGCCUAAAAGAAAUACAGAGGGCACGUUCGAUUUACGAACGUGCAUUAGAUGUCGAUCACAGAAAUAUCACGCUGUGGUUGAAGUAUGCAGAGAUGGAAAUGAAGAACCGACAGAUUAAUCACGCCCGCAACAUCUGGGAUCGAGCAAUUACCAUCCUGCCCAGGGUCAACCAGUUUUGGUAUAAAUAUACCUACAUGGAGGAAAUGCUAGGGAAUGUUGCAGGGGCAAGGCAGGUGUUUGAGCGCUGGAUGGAAUGGCAUCCCGAUGAACAAGCUUGGCAUUCCUAUAUUAAUUUUGAACUGCGAUACAAGGAAAUUGAAAGAGCCCGACUGGUUUAUGAGAAGUUUGUUUUGAUCCAUCCUGAUGUGAAGAACUGGAUUAAAUAUGCCCGGUUUGAAGAAAAACACGCAUAUAUUGGACAUGCACGGAAAGUGUACGAAAGAGGAGUGGAGUUUUAUGGGGAGGACCACAUGGACGAGCAGCUCUUUGUGUCAUUUGCAAAGUUUGAGGAAAAGCAGAAAGAAUUUGAUCGAGUGCGAGUGAUUUACAAAUAUGCGCUUGAUAGAAUUGCCAAAAGUCAAGCUCAAGAGCUCUUCAAAAACUACACAGUGUUUGAGAAAAAAUUUGGGGACAGAAGAGGUAUUGAAGAUGUUAUUGUCAGCAAAAGACGCUUUCAAUAUGAAGAAGAAGUCAAGGCUAAUCCACAUAACUAUGAUGCCUGGUUUGAUUACCUCCGCUUGGUUGAGAGCGACGGAGACCCUGAUACUGUACAUGAAGUGUAUGAGCGUGCAAUCGCCAAUGUUCCACCCAUUCAAGAAAAGCGGCACUGGAGGAGAUACAUUUACUUAUGGGUUAAUUAUUCUUUGUUUGAAGAACUGGAGGCAAAGGAUCCAGAGAAGACUAGGCAAGUUUAUCAAGCAUGUUUGGAACUCAUCCCCCAUAAGAAGUUUACCUUUGCCAAAUUGUGGUUGCUAUAUGCACAGUUCGAAGUUCGACAGAAAAAUCUACCUCUUGCCAGACGGGCUUUGGGUACUGGCAUAGGAAAAUGUCCAAAAAACAAGUUGUUCAAAGGUUAUAUUGAACUAGAGCUCCAGCUUCGUGAGUUUGACCGAUGUAGGAAACUCUAUGAGAAGUACUUGGAAUUUUCCCCGGAGAAUUGCACCACUUGGAUCAAGUUUGCUGAAUUAGAGACCAUCCUAGGUGAUGUAGAGCGUGCUCGUGCAAUCUAUGAGCUAGCAAUUGGUCAACCUAGACUCGAUAUGCCAGAGGUUCUGUGGAAGUCCUACAUUGACUUUGAAAUUGAACAGGAAGAAUAUGACAUGACGAGAAAUCUUUACAGACGUCUACUUCAACGCACUCAACAUGUUAAAGUAUGGAUCAGUUAUGUUCAGUUUGAACUUUCGGUGGAUGCGGCUGAACGUCUAUCGCGAAGUCGACAAAUCUAUGAGGAUGCCAACAGAUCUUUGCGAAACUGUGAGGAGAAAGAAGAGCGACUCAUGUUCUUGGAGUCCUGGAGGGACUUUGAGAUAGAAUUUGGCACAGAGUCUUUACAAAACAGAGUUGUAAAACUCAUGCCAGAACGCGUCAAGAAAAGGCGAAAGUUACAGGCAGAAGAUGGGUCAGAUGCUGGCUGGGAGGAAUAUUACGACUACAUUUUCCCAGAAGAUGCUGCCAAUCAACCAAACCUCAAGCUGCUUGCUAUGGCCAAACUCUGGAAGAAACAGCUGCAGGAUGAGAAAGAAUCGGAGGAUGACCCAGAUGAAAAUACAGAUAAAACGGAGGAGGGUGAAUCCUGAUGAAUGGGCAACCUUUUUUAGACUCUUCAAUUUGCUUUGUCUCUUACUUUUUUGAACUUUUUUUUGUACAAUACGUGGAAAGCUGGAGCUAUUAAAUUGGUUUUUGUACUGAU